AUGUCCUUCUCUUUCGGCUUCGGCGGUGACGACAUCGAGGGUGCGGAGCAGCCGCAGGCUCCCCAGCAGGAUCCCGCUCCUGCUCGCGCCAGCGCUUUCCCCGUCGCCGGCAAGCCGCUGCUGCCCGCCAUCCACCACGACUUGUCUCAUAUGCUGGCAACUUUGCCCUCCAAGCUGGUCUACGGUCUUCUCGAGGUUGAUCUCGAUGGGACCGGGUCGGUCCAUCUGCCCCGCCGUGAGCUAUGGGACGUUCGUGUUCAGUUGAUGGCGGAGGAUGACAGCGAGGCAGCUCUGGAGUCUGGGCUUGGCACACACGAUGUCAAGACCGGUGUCUACGAGGGCGGCUUCAAGUCCUGGGAGAGCAGUGUUGAUCUCGUCAAGACCCUCGCCACAUCAAAAUCCUUUGUUGCAACUACGGAGCACCGUGCCCGAAUUAUCGAGCUCGGCUGUGGCACUGCACUACCCUCACUUGCACUGUUUCAGUGGGCAUGUAGUUUGCGCACAGGGGACGAGAACUCGGAGUUUUCAAUUUAUCUGGCCGACUACAAUCCCUCGGUAUUACAGCUCGUGACAUUACCAAACUUCCUCCUCAGCUGGGCGCUCAGCGAAAGAGCAAACUCGCCCCUCGUGGAAGCAGCACUUGCGUCUGAAGAGGGAGCACUUGAGCUCAGUGCAGAGGUCCUUACCGCCUUUCAGGACUUCCUUCAAGGCCGCAAGAUUACUCUGGAUUUCUUCUCUGGGGGCUGGUCGGACGAUUUCGUGAAACUCGUCAGUGACGGAGAUGCUUCCUCGGCGGCAAAGUGUGAUACCAUCAUUCUUGGAGCAGAGACUAUCUACUCACCCUUCGCACUGGACUCCUUCACGCACACAAUCUUCACCAUGAUGGGAAAUGAGAAAGAUAGAGGCAACAGCGCCGAAGCACUCGUAGGCGCCAAGAGGCUGUACUUCGGUGUCGGCGGCUCUCUAGAUGACUUCGUUGCAAAGUCGAGAGAUCUUGGCGCUACCGUGGACCAAGUCCGAGAGGAGACAGAGGGCGUCCGGAGGGGGGUUGUUCGUGUGAAGCUUCCUUGA